AUGGCGCUACCAUCGCAGCCUGUCCUAACUUCAGAGGAGCGGAACUCGUCCGAGACGUCAUCCUCCUCGCUGAAGGGUUCCAGAACAACUCGUUUCGCGGAAGCAACUAUGGUUCACUCUCCUUCCGGACUUGAAGAUCCUGGAAAGUCCCCCUUCGCAGAUCCUCCCACCCAAUCGCAGAAUGCCCCUGAUGUGUCUGAUGUCGGCUUCGGGUAUGUAGCUGCAAGUGACCCUGCACAGCAUGCAUCACAUCAUGAUCUUCCGACACCUGGCCCAAAAAGCGCUCUCAAAGUCCCCGGGACCCCAGGACGCACUUUGAAUCCUCUGAGCCCAACUUUUCGAGAGGAGUUUUACGUGGAAAAGCAGGAGAAGGUGGCGGAGAAGGAAAAUGCGAGAGAUCUGCGUAUCAAACUGCGUGUCCGGGUAGCCAAGGUGUUCCUCCGCUUCAUCAAUCUCGGUUGCAGUCUCAUUGUCCUCACGAUUCUGGGAACGACGUUAACAGUCUUCAACACAACAAAAUCGCUCCCUGAGCGGAACAGCUCGCCUCCCUGGGAAUUCGGUACAAACCCCUGGCCGCAGUACCUGCUUCUAGUUGUUUCAUGUCUCUCCCUGGUUGCUUGCCUUGGCGUCUUCUGGGGCUACUGGAGAGGCGGCCGCAAGCGCGCUCAAAAAUAUGCUGCUUACUACUCACUCUUAUCGAUUGGUAUCUUCAUUUUCGAUCUGGUGAUGUGGAUUGUCGCUGCGGCGAUUUUCGAACACUCGAAGGCUAACGGAGAUGACAAAGAUCUAUGGGGCUGGUCCUGUGUUCAUAACGAGAGAGAAGAGCUUUUUGGUGAUCAGAUCGACUACGCACUUCUUUGCCGGCUGCAGGAUUGGGGGUUGGUCUGUGCUGUGAUUGAGAUUGUCCUCGAAGUUUUAGUCCUGUUGGUCUAUGCGGCCAUUUUCUACCGGUUUUGGACCAAAAGAAAGCUUGCCAGGUCGAUGGACCGUCGAGACAGAGCUAGGACGGACUUGUACAUGGCCCAGCUCCAUCAGCAGACAGGGCCGAAUACGCCAGGAUUUCCUCCCAUGCCUAAGGCCCCCUUCGUGUCAACAUCACUUCCCCAAGACCCUUACUCUGCCGCUGAGAAUGGGGAGAUGUGUGCCCCCCAGUUUGCUACUCCACAGAGCCAGGCAAAAUCCCAACCUGCGUUCCAGCUCCAGCCACCGCCAAUUCGGGUGCAGAACGCAACUCCGCAGCUAGCACAAACAGAGUUUCCUCCACCUGUGUCGGCCCCAAGUGCCUCGAACCAGCAUAUGGGCGCGGCACCUGGCGAGCGAACCUAUGAAACUGUGCCUAUUCCCGACGCCUACGCAAGUCCAAUGAACCCUAGCUUCACUCACGGAGUUCAUCAAUAA